AUGGAAAAAAAAGAAUUCCCACAAAAUCAAGUUGAUUUAUACCAACAAAUUAAAUGGAAUGGUUGGGGUGAUACCAGAAAAUUCCUUCACCAAGUUAAACCAGAAGGUUUCGUUGCUUUAACUACACCAUCAGUUUCAGCACAACCAUUACCAUCACUUAAAGGAUUCAUCAAAAAAGAACUUAGUCUUCCAACUGAUGACCCAAACAAACCAUUCGAAUUAGAAGAAACUCCAUCACUUAGAAUUGAAGAUAUUAAAAUUCAUGCACCAAAACAAUAUCCAGAAUUUGUUAAAGAAUUAAAAGCUUUCUUUUCAGCAGAUCAAUUAAAAGAUGAUAAAUUAGCACGUAUUACACACACUUUUGGUAAAUCAAUUAGAGAUUUAAUCAGAGUUAGAAUCGGUUUAAUUAAAUAUGCACCAGAUUUAAUUGUUUUACCACAUAGCCAUGAAGAAGUUGAAAAAUUAGUUCAAUUAGCUCAAAAAUGGAAUGUUGUUAUUAUUCCAAUGGGUGGUGGUUCAAAUAUUGUUGGUGCAAUUGAACCAGUUUCAGAUGAUAGAUUUACUGUUUCAAUUGAUAUGAGAAGAAUGAAUAAAGUUUUAUGGGUAGAUCGUAAAGAAAUGACAGCUUGUAUUCAAGUUGGUGUUAUGGGUCCACAUUUAGAAGAACAAUUAAAUAAACAAGGUGUUAGUUUAGGUCAUGAUCCAGAUUCAUUCGAAUUUUCAACUUUAGGUGGUUGGUUAGCUACAUGCUCAUCAGGUCAUCAAUCAGAUAAAUAUGGUGAUAUCGAAGAUAUGGCUGUUUCAUUCAGAACUGUCACACCAACUGGCACAUUAGAAUUAAGAAAUGGUGCUCGUGCUGGUGCUGGUAUUAACUAUAAACAUAUUAUUCUUGGUUCUGAAGGUACUCUUGGUAUCAUUACAGAAGCCGUUAUGAAAGUUCAUGCUGUUCCACAAGCCGCUGAAUACUAUGGUUUCCUUUUCCCAUCAUUUAACCAUGCCGUUGCUGCUCUUCAACAAAUUCGUUCAAGUGAAAUUAUUCCAACUAUGAUUCGUAUUUACGAUCCUGAAGAAACUGCUCUCUCAUUCGCCUCAAAACCAAGCAAAGGUCCAAUCGCUGAAUUUAUGUCAGCUGCUGUUAAGAAAUAUCUUCACUAUGUUCGUUCAUUUGAUUUCAAGAGUGUUUGUCUUUCAAUUAUUGGUUUUGAAGGUCCAAAGAAAGUUGUAGAUUUCCACAGAAAUAGUGUUUUCGACAUUCUUUCAAAGAAUGGUGCUUUUGGCCUUGGUUCAGCUCCAGGUAAAACAUGGGCCGAAAAGAGAUACGAUCUUCCAUACAUUCGUGAUUUCCUUUUAGAUCACAAUAUGUGGGUCGAUGUCGCUGAAACCACUGUUAGUUAUACCAAUCUUGUUCCACUUUGGAAAGAAGCCAAACAAGCUUUCCAACAACAUUUUAGAUCACAAGGUAUCCCAUCAUGGAUUUGUGCCCAUAUUUCCCACACUUAUUCAAAUGGUGUUUGUCUUUAUUUCAUCUUUGCUUCUAAACAAAACUCUGAUAAAGAUAUGAAACAAUACAUCGAAGCUAAAGGUUUAAUGACCGAUAUUAUUCUCAAAUAUGGUGGUGCUUUAUCUCAUCAUCACGCUGUUGGUUAUGAACAUGUACCAUGGAUGACCCGUUAUGUUUCAAAAGGUUGGAUUCAAGUUUAUCGUAAACUCAAAGAAACCUUUGAUCCAAAGGAUAUUUGUAAUCCAAGAAAAUUAAUUCCAACCAUCAAAGAAGAAAACAAUCAAGAACCAUACCUCUUUAAUGUUAUUAAUAUUAAAAAUCCAAAACUUUAA